AUGAAGAAGAAGGAGAUUGCUAGUCUCUACGUAUGCGAACUCUUUGUAACAUAUAUACCAUGCGCCUCGGCCUUUCCCCACGUCAACGCGGUCCAGACGGCGCUCAUGCUCCUGGCGGGCGUCGUGACGAUCAUCCCGCUGCUCUUCUUUUCAUCGGCGGCGCAACGCAUUCCGCUGAGUCUGCUCGGCGUCAUUCAAUACGUGUGUCCGAGUCUCCAGUUUCUCGUCGGUGUGCUCCUCUACCACGAGCCGUUCUCGACGUACAAGCUAAUCGGGUUCAUCUUGGUGUGGCUGGCGCUCCUGCUCUUUACAGCCGAAGGCAUUUGGUCGCACCAUCGCAGCUCGAAAGCGGCCAUCCAAGAACCGAGUGCAAGCCACGUGGAGAUGCCGACGCGGCAUUGCCGGUGCGAGGUCGCUAGGGUACAGACCUCGGUGUGA